AUGUCUGAACUAAUUCCAAGAGAUACUUGUCAAACAAGUAAUGAUUAUAAUGGUAGCGAUAAUUUAAGAAUCUUAGCUGUAUUCAUGAUUCUAAUCUCAUCCGCGUUGGGUGCCUUCUUUCCGUUAUUAUCCUCCAAGUAUUCAUUUAUUAAGUUGCCUAAUUGGUGCUUUUUUAUUGCAAAAUUUUUCGGUUCUGGUGUGAUUGUUGCCACUGCUUUCAUUCAUCUUUUAGAACCAGCAUCUGAUGCUUUAACUAAUGAUUGUCUCGGGGGCACUUUUGCUGAUUAUCCAUGGGCUUUUGGUAUCUGUUUAAUGUCGCUUUUCUUCUUAUUUUUUAGUGAAAUUUGUAGUCAUUACUUUAUACUGCGAGCAUAUGGUAAUGAGGAUCACUCCCAUUUCCCAAGCGGUAAUGAUGACAGCAAAUUGAGUGACGUUGACUCGGACAAAAAUACAGAGACACGUAUUUCUAAUCACAGAGACAUUGAAUCUGGUUCAUUCAUAAGAGAUGCUGGUCCUACAUCAGGUAAUUCCUUUAUUCCGGGCAGAGACCACUAUUCGCACGAUGCAGUUCAUCAAGAUCCUUCUCAAUUGGGAACGCCUGCAGAAAGUUCUGACAAGGAAAACUACGCUAAUCAAAUUUUUGCAGUAUCAAUUUUAGAAUUUGGUAUUGUAUUCCAUUCUGUUUUCAUUGGUUUAUCUUUGGCUGUUGCUGGUGAAGAAUUCAAAACUUUGUUCGUUGUCCUUAUCUUCCAUCAAAUGUUCGAAGGUUUAGGUUUAGGAACUAGAUUAGCUGAAACAAACUGGCCAAAGUCCAAAAAACUUACACCAUGGAUUAUGGCCUUAGGCUAUUCCAUCACCACACCAAUCUCUACAGCUAUUGGAAUCGGUGUGAGACACAGUUUCUUACCUGAAUCCAGAAAAGCCUUGAUUGUCAAUGGUGUCUUCGAUGCAUUUUCAGCUGGGAUCCUUAUUUAUACUGGUCUCGUUGAAUUGAUGGCACAUGAAUUUUUAUAUUCAAGUACAUUUAAACAAAAAGACGGUUUGAAAAGAAUGUUACUUGCUUAUUUGUGCAUGGCAACAGGUGCUGGGAUAAUGGCAUUGUUGGGAAAAUGGGCUUGA